GACAAACCUACGCACGGCGCGUCAAGAAGUUCUCCAUACCUUCGUGCAACCUCAGCUGCGUUGAACGCGUCCGGCGGCCGACCGUGCACAGAAGCGUUCUAGAGACGCUCUUCUCGCAUGCCGCCGGCUCCCGCCUCUUCCCUAACCUUCGGACCCUCAACUUCAGCUACGAGCCCGCCUACAAGCGUUAUCUCCGCCUCUUCGUCGGGCCCACUCUGCGCUCGCUGCGCAUCCACUUCUGGCACGAUGAAGACCAUGGGUACCUCCUGCCCGCGCUCCCCUGCAUGUGCCCCGACCUCGAGUCAAUGGCGCUCGAAGGUGUGAGCCGACCCGCCAUCAGCGCGCUCGCCGCGCUGGACCAAAUUCUGGGCUGGCGCUCGGUCACGCACGCAGAGAUACCGUGUACGAUCACGGGCAGCCUCGCGCAUGUCAGCCGCCAGGCAUCGCUGCGGUCGCUCAGGUUGACCCUCGACGCAGAGGACAGCUGGGUGCCAGCGACGCGGCCGGGAUUCGAGAGGCUGGAGCGGCUGGCUAUCCGAACGGAGUACCCCUCGAAGGUGGCGUCCCUAAUGCGGGCCAUGUCGAGUGCGCCGCUGGCGCUCGGGUCUUUCUCUGUCGAGGUCGAGAGCGGAGCGUGGAUUGCGCGCAGCACCGAGGCAGAGGGGGGCUUUGAGGAGCUGGCAGGCUUGCUGGACCUUUCCAUGUUGCGCGAAUUUGUGUACACGCAGGAACACAAAGGACUCUAUCCGGCGGAUGCAUGGCCAGUUGUCUCUUCCUCCAGCAUCAUCGAUUAUUCUCGCUGUCCCAACAUGGUCCACUUCGAGGUUGCAUGCGAGUCGGACGUCACUGACGCGGACAUUGCGACGCUCGCGCGAGCGUGGCCGCAAUUGGAGUAUUUCUCGCUUGGUGCACGCGAAUGUGCUAGCGAUCAACGACUACCGCGCGCCUCAUCCCUGACUCUAGCCUCACUGUCGUCCUUUGCCGCAUAUUGCCCUCUGCUUUCGCGACUUCAACUUGUCGUUGACGCAACGUCCAUCCCGCCUCUCCCGCCAUCAUCGCUCAGUCAUCAAUGCUCAGCCCCGCGCAUAUGCCUGCAUCUUGAAGGCUCUGCAAUGCAUGGCGAUGCACACGCGAUAGCUGACUUUAUCCUGGCCGUAUUCAAGGGCAAGAAGCAGAUCGAUAUACCCCUCGAGCCGGGGUCCCUUUCUCAUUCUGCGGUCUUAUGGGCUGCGCUGCAGAAACGGGUGAAGUGCUUGCAGAAACAAAGGACCAGCAUAGCUUGAGUCUUCGGUCAAAAGUAAUUUAUAAAUCUUCGCUAUGAAACUGCGCCACCGCGCCUGCUAUGUAGAGUAUAUUGUGAGUCUGACGAAUGAGCGGUGCGUAUGUCGGCGUCUUAUGCCAUCCUUGCAGACCUUGUUACACUACCAUAUUCCAGCUUCUAUCGACUUUCCGCCAGUAGCUGAAUCGCCUGUGUUAUUGGUACAACAAUCGCUGGGCUUCGCGUGAUGGAGUCGGUCACAGUGACAGGAACGUGCAGUCGCUCCCGGGCCCGAAUGUCUUCGUGGCUUCCACUUCG